AUGAGCUCCAACGCUGCGCUGCUAAAACUAUGCGGCGAAGUCGGUGACGAACUCAUCGAUUUGUUCCCCGCGUCGCCGUCGAGUUUACCCAAGUUCAUCCUAUGCUCGACUGGCCACCGCCAACAACUUGCACUUCUCGCUUCUCACAAGUCCUUCGAAUACACCGUGAAGUACUUCAUGCCAAACGACGAAACUUUUCAUUCUGCCUUGGGUUCCACAUUCCCUGCAGACGUCGUAUGUAGCGCUUCUCAGGGCUCUAACACACUAAACCUGCCCUUCACCGAUCUCGAACCUCGCGAAAAUGGCUCGUUUUCAUUUACUAUGUCUAUCUACCCGCUUUUGACCAUCUCCGGUCACCACACAGUACGCAUCAAGGUACGAAGUCAUUUGAUCGUAUCAAUCGCCCUUUGGGUCGACCCCGUCCCAGCCAAACAUGAUAGAAAGCCCGAAAGCACCCCCCCACCAGCUUUGGUACCGUCUCACAAACCCUCGUCGUUUCUGCAGUACCCUUUCCAGCCCGAUGGGCCUCAGUUUCGGACGUUAAUAUCUCAUCGCGAAAAUCUGAUACCCACGCUGCGACAGUCGCUCAAAUACAUGCAAGAGAGGUGUGCCAAGGUAAUAGACUCUCUAAAUGCCACUACACGGGAAAUAGCUGGCCUCAUUUCUUGUGCCCAGGACCUCGCUAGCUUGUCGCCUUCGUUUCCUCGAGAGUUCAACAGCGUUACGUCCGCUUUGAUCUCCACUUUAAAACUCACGCUCGAAUCGCAACGUCGACUAGAGACCGUGGUUCUCCAAAAUUUCAAUUCUCCUGUCGAUAACUAUAUUUCAUCUAUUGAUUUAAAGGCAGUCUCUGCACGCCGCAAGCAGUAUCAUGAUCAAGCGAAAGUUUUCUAUUCCUAUAUGGGCAAGAAUUUGUCCAGCGCAGACUCUACGAAUCUUACCAAAAAGAUACAGUUUGAAUUACAACGAUUUGACUAUUACGUAUACCUUACGGAAUUGAUCGAUGGGUCCUCCGCAAGACGGUUCUUGCAUGAAAUUUCCAAAUUUUCGAGCAAGUUGGGCCCUGCCAAUCUCGCUUCGCUUGUGGAACAUACCAAAAACUAUCAAGCAGGCCUCAAGUUUUCUAAAAGUCGAAUCAAAUCAAUGAGGGAUCAAAUCUCGCACUCGAAGAGUUUCUCUGAUUUCUCUUCUCAGAACCCAGUAGAUCCUCACAAAAUCCAUAAAGAAGGAAUACUUUGGACUCACAAAGGUCACGGCAAGUCAUCAGGCUGGCACAAGCAGUGGGUUGUUUUAGACGAGUUCACAUUGUCGGAGUAUUCCGAUUGGAAAACUCAAGGUAACAAGCUUUCCCACUCGCCUUUAAAAUUGACGUUUGCGUGUAUUAAAAAACAGGAUUCGGGCAAUUUUAAUGGCUUUGAGAUUAUAACCACUGAUGGUGUAACUCGUUCGUUCAGAGCAGAGAGUAAAAGUGAGCUGGAACAAUGGCUCAAAAUCUUACAGGAAGCCGUUGGUGCUGGUGUUCAAAUGCCACCAGAAAAUGUUGAACAGAGUGCUAUCAAAGCGUACACCGAGCUCGUUUCUAACGCGGACAAGUCGAAUACAAUUUGUUGCGAUUGCGGUGGCACAAACCAAGUGGAGUGGGUCAGCAUUAAUUUAUUGUGCGUCGUCUGCAUAAAGUGUUCGUCUGUACACAGAUCGCUAGGUGCCCAUCACUCCAAGAUGCGAUCUUUGAAAUUGGACACUUUUACCUCUAAGGAAAUUCUCGAACUGCUUAAUUACGUUUCGAACAAUAAUGUAAACUCCAUUUACGAAGCGGAAUUGCACGAAAAAAUUCUAGACUUGGAUUCUUCGUCCCAACAACGUACGGACUUCAUUACUGAUAAGUAUGUGAACCGAAAAUUCGUUUCAGCUCUAGAGGAAAAGGAACCUGAAGCCAUUGAUAAGAGACUCACUCACAACUUAAUCAAAUCCAUCCAUCUCAAUAGCAUUUAUCUCCUUCAACAAUGCAUUGCCCAAGGUGUUCAUCUAAACAAGGUACACCUGGACCACGGAGAGACGGUAUUCCAAUACUCCCUGAAACAUUACCAAGGCACUAAAGACAACCCUACUUUCUUCAUUACAGAGUUUUUGCUUCUUAACGGAUUGCUAGUUGGAAGGCUGCCUCGCGAUGCUUCUGCUCUCUCCAAGAGUGAAUAUGACUAUUGGAGGUCGAAAGCUGAAACAAACGGCGUGUACAAUAUCAGACCAAUCAAUAGACGAGCUUCUUCAAGAGAAUCCACUAAAGCUGAAAUUAAGAAGAUCGAUACCUCUAUGACAGGUCCACUUCCAACACGAAAAGUCUCUUCAGCUUCCGAUGCUUCGGAAAAUGUUAAUAAACGAUGGAGUAUAAGCGGCUCAUUACCACUAUCAUCACCGGCUACAGCGUCCAUAAUACACUCGAAAAACCUAGGAAUCAAAUUCUCUAAAAAGUCUGGGAAUAAAAACUAG